AUGUUGUCUGGGCUUUUGUGUCUGAACAAAAGCAUCUCCAAAAGCCCAUCAAAAGAAAGCCGACGGCGCCAACGUCAGAUCCUUCAAACGCCUUUUCUGGAAUUGCGCGACGCUGUGGAGCUGCGUGGCCUCGUUUUGGUUUAUUCAACUCUGGAGAGUUCUCCUCGACGCCGAAGUAGCCAAAG